CUGUUCUCACGCUGGAUACAUUGGAAAGCCCUUCCCAUGAAAUCAUUUUUGCGAAAAUGCGGCUGAAAAACACGUUUGCAAUCUAAAUAGUGCUGAUCAUCGUGUGUGUGCUGGAUACACGGCGAAAGAACGGGAGUCACCGGUGCAGAUCGGAUCAUUUACGGGAACAUGCCCAACAAGGAGGUAAAGGAGGCAACCAAAGGUUGUGAAGGUCUUAGUGAUGGACAGAUGACAGACGAAAGGUCUACCUUGGAGCAUCUCAUCUAGGAUAUCCACAGCUUUAAUGCAGCACAGUGUUGAAAUAAAUCCAAGAUGACGGAAGAGGUGAUUGUCAUCGCCAAGUUUGAUUACAUGGCCCAGCAGGACCAGGAGCUGGACAUUAAGAAGAACGAACGUCUCUGGCUUCUAGACGACUCCAAGUCCUGGUGGCGUGUCCGAAACGCUACUAACAAGACUGGUUUUGUGCCAUCUAACUACGUAGAGAGGAAGAACAGUGCCAGGAAAGCAUCAAUCGUCAAGAACCUCAAAGACACAUUAGGGAUCGGUAAGGUAAAACGGAAAACAGGCAUGCGUGAAACAGCCUCCAACUCGGACACAGACUUCUACCCGGACAACAGCGAACGUCUGUACGACCUGAACCUUCCUGCACUUGUUAAAUUCAGCUACACAGCGGAGCGGGAAGAUGAGUUGUCGCUGGUUAAGGGCACAAGGGUCAUUGUCAUGGAGAAGUGUAGUGAUGGCUGGUGGAGGGGGAGCUACAACGGUCGUUCGGGUUGGUUCCCAUCCAACUAUGUGACGGAGGAUGCUGAUGGAUCGGCAAGCAAUGACUCUGCUGGUCUGUCUGAGAAAUUGGCUGCUGUUCUUCAUAGCACAAACGGCAAUCGAGUACUGCACACAGUACAGGCACUCUACCCGUUUAGCUCGGGCAACGAUGAAGAGUUGAAUUUCGAGAAGGGGGAGGUAAUGGAUGUUGUAGAGAAGCCAGAAAACGAUCCAGAGUGGUGGAAGUGUCGCAAAGCCGAUGGGCAAAUGGGACUUGUGCCGAAGAAUUAUGUCACUGUGCUGCAGGAAUCGCACAACUCAGCCAGCAUGGCCGGGCCACCCACACCUGACUGUGACUACAUUGAGCCUUCAUCCAGUGGACGCUUUGCCGGCAAGCAGUGGUACUACGGGAAGGUGACGCGUCAUCAAGCAGAGGUGGCACUCAACCAGAGGGGGACAGAGGGAGACUUUCUUAUCCGGGACAGCGAGUCCUCACCCAAUGACUUUUCAAUAUCGCUGAAAGCUCAGUUCAAAAACAAGCAUUUCAAAGUCCAGAUGAAGGACAACCUGUACUGCAUUGGACAGCGCAAGUUCAACUCAAUGGAAGAGCUGGUGGAUCACUACAAAAAGGCACCCAUCUUCACCAGUGAACAGGGUGACAAACUCUACCUGAUUAAGGCUCUUGCUGCCUCCUGAUCCCGGUCAGAAGACUACCCAGUUAACAAAGACUGUACAUCAGGACAAACAGACAGACAGGGAAUAUCAAGCAUUCCAUGAAAGGGAGGUACAGGGAGAGAAGACAAUUGACUCCUGUUUAUUAAUGUAGAA